GUCAUGAUGAAAUACCGGAAGUUAGUAAUUGGUUCACCCUCAAAACAAAAAAUAUACAAAAUGACCAAAUAAUGUCGUUUGCUUUGUUGUUAAUGAACAAUAUUUAGUUUAUAUGUUAUAAGAAAAUAUAGAGACCCAUUAGCCGAAGAGCCCGCAGGUGAAUAGUGACUCACAAAUGUGACAAAGUUGGUGACGAAAAAGGUGACAAUUGAUUGUGGCAAGGAAAUAUAGUCUGGUGGUACAGAUGAUUGAGUAUUUCACAACAUCUCUCUUGGAGCAUAAACAAAUGAUCUAGCGAUUGAUUUAUUGAAAAAUAUUUGUUGAUCUUACCAAGCAAAGUGACUAUUAUAAUAAAGAUGGCAUUCCAGGCCCCAAGUGCCGUUCAAGGUAGCGCAAAUCGUAAAAUUCUCGAAGAACUUCAGGAGCAGAAAAAACGAUUAAAAAUGCAGACUGUCCAACCAAUCAGUGGUGCCAAUCAAGCACAGAAUAUAGCGCCAUCUAACAAUGGAAAUGACAACCAGACUAUGACGCCAGCCCAGAGGGCGGCACUGCAGCAUGCACACGCAAACUCUGUUGGAUAUUUUAUUACCCAGGAUUCAUCAUUCGGAAACCUCAUACUUCCUGUUAUUCCCCGUAUAGAUAAGCCACCAUCUUGAAAUGAAGCAAUAUUUUUGUAGAGCAAUUUACUGGAUUGAAAUCUCUGAACAUCUUCUUUAACUUGUGUCUCCUGCAUUUAUAAUGUGAAAGA